GUGCACUGCACACAGGGGUAUCUUGCGUCUAAGCUUCCCAUCUUCGGGCUGGUUUGAGGGGCCAUGGCAGCAGCCAAACCAGCGAUCAAUGCUCAUAUGCCCAAGACAAAUGUUUUGACAAGACACAAGGUCGUGCGGUUUGGAUCCACCUACAAUGCACCCACGGAGCCGGAGGCCAAGCUGUACGCCUACUUGCACCAGCGUGCAGAUCUCCGGGUAUCACGUGGCGUCAUCCCUGUGGGCUUCUACUCCUACAUGCUCUUGGAUGAGGGUCAGCCCAUGUACCUGGAGACGCGCCAUGGUGGCACCGACCAGGAUGGAUGGCCAGUAGGACCGCAGUAUCAGAUCAGUUGGACCGCCAACAAGGAAGUGAUCCCGCCCUUGGACUCUCUGAGUGAUGGCUGGUACGCCGACUUCGAUGACCUCUGGAUGAACGCCUUGGGAUACUUCGAGAAACGCAACCUGCUGAGCGAGGAAACCUUGGAAUACCUUGAUGCCGAUCCAUUUGUGCUGUUUGGCAUCGAUGAUCCCUUGACGCAGCAAGCGCUCGCGAAGCUGGAGAAGUUCCCCGCGCUGAUCUGCGACGGAGCGGU